AUGGGGCAAGGAGGUCAAGUAGGAUGCUUGUUUUUGCUUUUGGUGUUGAGUGAGUUGGUAUCUGUCGAUCUUUGUGGCUCUUCAAGUUCUCUCAGAAGUAAAGAAUUUCUGAGACCAAGUUAUAAUUCUUCUCAUGCCCACUCUUCACGGGACCAUGGGGUUCACUCUCAAUUGUUUCCUGUGAAGGUUCAAUGUCAGGAAACUAAGUUGGUGGCAAACAUUCGGAGAGACCUCUUUGGGAAAGGAAAAUUAAUCAACCCUUCAGACUUGAGCCUUGGCCCAGCUGGCUGUCAAUAUACUGCCUUCAAUGAAUCAAAUAAUAUUAUUGUCUUUCAGGCAGGGCUGCAUGAGUGUGGCAGUACACGUCAGGUGACCACAGACUUUCUGGUUUAUAGCAUCAAUUUAUAUUAUAACCCAACUCCUGCUGUCAACUCCACUAUCCUAAGAAACAAUCCAACUGUGAUUCUAAUUGAGUGCUCUUAUCCAAGGAGAAAUAAUGUAAGCAGCAAGGCUAUCCAACCGACCUGGAUCCCAUUCAAUUCUAUACUAUCUUCGCAAAAAAGGCUGAAGUUCACCUUACAACUGAUGACUGAUGAUUGGAGUGCUAAGAGGGCUUCUUCUAACUAUCAACUUGGGGAUGCUAUUUCCAUCCAAGCUAAUGUGAACACUGGAAGUCAUGUUGCUCUAAGACUUUUCAUUGACAGCUGUGUGGCUACAUUAAAACCAAACCAAGAUUCAACUCCUAGCUAUGCUCUUAUUGACUUCUAUGGGUGUCUAGUUGAUCGUCAGUCAGAAAGUGUUGAGUCAACCUUCAUCUCCCCAAGGUCCAAGCCAGAGACCCUUCAAUUUGUUAUUGAUGCUUUUAAAUUUUCAGGAGAACCCAAGGAUCAGAUCUAUAUUACAUGCCACCUGAAGGUCACUGAAGCUGUUGACCUACCAGAUCCUUCAAAGAAAGCUUGUUUUUUCAACAAUUCAAGCCAGAAAUGGUCUGCUGUAGAAGGUACAGAUAGUAUCUGUACCUGUUGUGAAACUGGUAGCUGCAGAAAAGCUCAUCUUCCAAACAGACUAAGCAGAAGUCACUGGAAAAGGAGUGAGUUAUCCUGGAAAGAAGUUUCUAGAAAAGAGAAUGAGGCUGAUGUGGUACUUGGACCUCUGAUUAUUUAUGGUAUGACAGUGGGUCCCAGCAGAAUUGAGAGCCAGGACAAAGGAGCUAGAACCAACUCCAGAGGUACUGAAAUACCUGAAACACCUGAAACAGUACUACUGGCUGCGGGAUUUGUAGUGUUUUUCUAUCUAUCAUGCUGGUAG